CCACAUCAAAUCAUAUUGACCAACGCACAGCAUAAACUGCAGCUCCUCAUCUUCUACUGAGUUUAUCUCGCAAAAGAACAAUGAAACACAGUUCAGUUCUGCUUUUGCAGCUCCUCCUGGGGACGAGCUCAGCUUACACCUAUCAAAAUGUGGCCUUGCGUGGAAAAGCGACCCAGUCAGACCGUUUAGUGAGUGCAUUUGGAUCUGCCUACAACGCUAUCGAUGGAAACCGUGAAUCCAACUACUUGUCCGGAUCGUGCACCCAGACUGCUGAACAGAACAACCCCUGGUGGAGAGUGGACCUGCUGGAGCCCUACAUCGUCACCUCCAUCAUCAUUACCAACAGAGGAGACUGCUGUUCAGAAAGGAUCGAUGGGGCAGAGAUUCACAUCGGCAACUCUUUACAAGACGGUGGCAUCACAAACCCAGUGGUUGGUGUAAUUUCUCGUAUCCCAGGAGGCAGGUCUUUAAAAAUGACUUUUACCGGACUUGUGCAGGGACGUUAUGUGACUGUGGCUCUACCUGGUUCAAAAAAGAUCCUCACUCUCUGUGAAGUGGAGGUCUACGGGUACCGUGCCCCAACUGGAGAGAACCUGGCGCUCCAGGGAAAAGCCACACAGUCGUCACUGCAUCAUUUUUUGGGCGAUGCAAGUCAUGCCAUAGACGGGAAUCGUGCCAGUGCCUGGGACCAGGGUUCUUGUAUUCACACAAACAACGACUUCAACGCCUGGUGGCGAGUGGACCUGGGCAAAACCCAUAAAGUGUUUUCUGUUAACGUAACCUCCUACAGAGAGUCCUUUUUACGGCUCAAUGGAGCUGAGAUCCGAAUUGGAGAUUCUCUUGAAAACAAUGGCAACAACAAUCCCAGGUGUGCCGUGAUCUCAGGCCUCACUGGAGGUUUCACUGGAAACUUUGCGUGUAACGGGAUGGACGGUCGCUACGUUAACAUAGUCAUUCCUGGAAAGACCAUAUACCUACUCCUGUGUGAGGUGGAGGUUUAUGGCUCCAGGCUGGAUUAGGUUCUGAGGAGGCUCAACAUGUAUAACAAUGACAUUUCACAUUGCAGAUGUUUAGCUGAUGUUCUUGCCCAGGCUCACUAUCAUCAGCUCAAGCUUCACCGCAUUCAUUGGCAUCAUUAGAGACAGCAGUUAUAUGCUUCGAAGAACAUUAAAUCUGCGUUAAUACAUGUUUUACCACUAGGUGGCAGCGGAACUCCAAAACAAGCUGACAUUUGGAGUUGCUUUGUGUUUGUGUUGAUAAGAGUAGACAAAAGUAUUUUAAUUUGUUCAACCCCACCCGAAGAGCUGGCCUUCAUAGAGAGGGGCGAGAUGUCAUAUUGUUUAAAUAUGGAGAGAACGACGCACAUUUUCAGUCUUUCCUGGAAGACAUUCAUUGUGCUGCACAAACUUAUUAAACUGAUGGCGUUAAAAAUACUGAAAACUCUAUAGCUGUGCAUCUACUAUUAUUUUUAACAUGAAUAUUUAAUUUACCCUACAGUGACAAGGACAAUUAUGCUGUGAUUGUAUAUAAUAUUAUACUGUAUAUAUACACACAUGAUUUUGUAAACAUUUUGUAUUUGUUUGGGUCGUAUUUUAUUUUGUAAUACUGUUGCAAAGCAAAGCUGUUGUAUUUUGACUGAGAUUAAGUUUUCCAUUUCCAGCUUUUCUUUGUACUGUCACUCCCUACAGAUGAAUAUUAAAUCACUUUUGCUGAAAUACACUGAAA